AUCACCCGUGCAUAGAGAGAAAUAAAAGCUGGCGAAUAGGGCUACAAAAUCGUGUAAAACUUUUCCUGCUUCACACACACACACAUUGCUGCUAUUGAACAUGCAUAGCUGUGUAAGAACAAAAGCGUUACGUCUAGAUAAUCGUAAUAGAAACAGGGGAGAUCACUCGAAUUCUGCAUAAAACUACUUCUGUUUGUAACUUGAUCAUUAUUGGAUUUGUUUUGUAAUGGCGGCGUCGAAUGGGAGUGAGUACUUUGAGUUAGAUGUGGAGGCACAGGAGAGUUUCGGCCGGCGGUCGAAUGCGGAGUCGGUGGCGGAAGACGAACAGGAGCUGAUGUGGGCGGCGUUAGAGAAAUUGCCGACGCGGAAGCGAACGAAUCUCGCUUUGGUGAAGCGGACAGCGGAGGAAUCUGACGACAGCGUGGGAGAGAGGACUGACACUGUCGAUGUGAGAAAACUUGAUCGGAAUACUCGCCAGCUUGUCGUCGAUAGAGCAAUGGCCACUUCCGAACAGGAUAACUACAAGUUGCUUUCCGGCGUUAAAGAGCGCCUCGAUAGUGUGGGAUUGGAGGUUCCUAAAGUUGAAGUUCGAUACGAGGACAUAACAAUCACAGCAAAUGUGAAUGUUGGCUCCAGAGCUUUGCCUACUUUAAUGAAUUCUGUCCGCGAUGUCUUUGAGAAUAUAUUCACUCGACUGAAGAUAUUCCGCCCUAAGAAACACUCUCUAACCAUUUUGAAUAACAUCAAUGGUGUUGUAAAACCUGGAAGGAUGACAUUGCUCCUGGGACCUCCUGGUUCUGGUAAAACUACGUUGCUUUUAGCGCUUUCAGGGAAGCUUGAUAAUGGCUUAAAG